AUGGGCAGCACAAGCACGAGCUCUGCUGCUUUAAUCCACCAUUUUCGGCUCACCAGUCGCAACUUGAGCUCGCCGAAAAAACGUCCGUACGCUGUAAAUUUCUGCAAUUCGUGGAGGGAAGCUGGACUCCGGCACGGCGUGACGCGACGGUGGAGCAAAGGCUUAGGUCCGGUGGUUCGCUUGGCAGCUCUCGAUGAAAAGUCUGACGAUUCGCCGACGGAGACCACCCCUGGCGUUGGCUCUGCUGUAGAAGAUAGACCAGCUGUGGAAGAUGUAUCCAUUGAGCAAGAAGAUAAAUCAAGUUCGAUCUAUGAGUUUCUGUAUCCCCGUAAAGAGGAGCUUCCGGAUGACAAGGAAAUGACUAUAUUCGAUCAUCUGGAGGAGCUGAGGGAGAGAAUAUUCGUCUCGGUUUUGGCCGUGGGAGCUGCAAUCACGGGAUGCUUUGCCUUCUCCAAGGAUCUAAUCGUGUUUCUUGAAGCUCCUGUCAAAACUCAGGGUGUACGGUUUCUACAGCUAGCUCCUGGCGAAUUUUUCUUCACAACUUUAAAGGUCUCGGGUUAUUGUGGGCUUCUACUAGGGAGUCCAGUGAUCUUGUAUGAGAUAAUAGCUUUUGUGCUUCCCGGUUUGACACGAGCUGAGAGGAGGUUUCUGGGGCCAAUAGUGUUUGGCUCCUCCUUGCUCUUCUAUGCUGGACUUGCCUUCUCUUACUGGGUUUUAACCCCUGCAGCCUUGAAUUUCUUUGUGAAUUACGCAGAAGGCGUAGUGGAAUCUUUGUGGUCUAUCGACCAGUACUUUGAGUUUGUGCUAGUGCUCAUGUUCAGCACCGGCCUUUCUUUCCAGGUUCCGGUUAUUCAGUUACUCUUGGGGCAAGUUGGGGUGGUGUCGGGAGAUCAAAUGCUGUCGAUUUGGAGAUAUGUGGUGGUUGGUGCGGUGGUUGCGGCAGCUGUACUUACGCCCUCGACAGACCCUGUCACUCAAAUGUUACUAGCAACGCCGCUUCUUGGGCUCUACUUGGGUGGUGCAUGGAUGGUCAAGCUCACAGGUCGGUGA